UCGGCUAGUCGACAGUAAACAAACGUGUCGUGCGGCAGGCGGUCGGUCAGUCCCUGUACCGUGGGUGUUUAUUGUUGAGUCGAGCGCACGCUUCAGGCUCAGCGAACCAGAGUGUUGUUUCACGCGGCCUUCGACGUGGGUCCCGUUUUCGGUCACGCUACCCUUGUGAAAGGGUCAAAUGACAGAAACGGUGUGUGUGGGUCAGAGCUUUGACCUGAUUGCGCAACCGUCCGCCGUUGUUUUGCCGCUGGUGGCGCUUGAGCUGAUGAGGGAUCAUCAUGGGAUUUUUUUUUCGGGGUGAAAGGAUUGGAAUGCCAUGUAAACCGCGAAGGGCAACAACCGAACGCGACGAAUAAGUUUGAGUGCUAGUGAGGUGGUGUGUUAAUUGAAUACAUGUGUCACCUGUUUUAGGGGUUGAGUCAGAAGAAAAUUUUCUGACCGGUUCGUGGUUGGUUUUGCAGUGACCGGAAUCUUUAGCCGACCUAGAAAUGUGUACAAAUUUGUUCGAGCUCGUAUGCUUUGAUGUGCAGGGUGUUGUUGUUGAUCGAAAAAGACACGCAACUGAAUAGAUUGAGUGGAAAAACUUUUCCUGUUGAUAAGUACACGAAGUAAUAGUGAACAAAAAAACUUUACAUUGUGCUAGUAACAGUUCCUGUAACAUAGCUUGUUAAACACGGAAAAUACGAAGUGUAACAUAUGUAAAAUGUUGUGGUUUUUUUGUUAAUAAAUUACGGACAAUUCUUUGUAUUGGUGAAGUGCUAUGAAAUAAAAGUUUCAGGAGAAUGACCAUAAGUUCUCCGCCGGUAAUCGCCGCAUGAAGAUGGAUUGCAAGUGCACAGUGCAAAACUAGGAGUAGAAGCACAGUUGCAAGUGGAUUACAUUCUACCGCCAAAAUGCCGGAGUUUGACGACACGUUCCUGUUUGAUUGUGCCAAGUUCGAGCGAAAAAAGUGGAAAUCGUACAAUAUUAGUUUGCGUCCAGGCAGUAUAGUGUUGAAAAGUGUUAGCAGUUUUAGUCCAAACGCCUCGGGCAGCAAAAAUAAUAACAAUUACAUAGAAGAUGGUGAUCUAAUUGUGGGUGCUUUGCGGCCGAUUAGCGAUUCGGUCGAUUUGAAUCCAGCAGGGGUGGUGAAGAAGCGUGACCAUCCACAGCGAAAUGUGGCGGUUAGUUACCUGUACAGUAGUGUGAAUCCUAUCCGGGAGAAGAUUUUCGGGUACAAUUUCAAAAGGCACUCGUAUACCUGCUCAUCGCCACAUUCACCGGGAAGCGGCAGUCCAGGGCUGUCAGAGGUGACGGUGCCAACCUUCUUCGGAGCAUAUUGUGAUAACGGAUCGACCACACCGACGCAGGCAGGCACCCCUCAGAACAGUGGAAGCAGCACUACCAGCAGCACUGCAGGUGGUACAGCCAACUGCACAACUCCCGGAGGUACCCCGGGGAACGCUCAGUCGGCGACACAAGGCGACACCAAGUCGGCCACUGAGAACGGGGGCAGCGAGAAAACAGUGACUCCCGGGGCGCCGGGAUCUUCUGGCCAUAAGGGCAGCAUUCGGGGCAACAAGCUGGCUCGACGGGCCCGGUCCUUCAAGGACGACUUUCUGGAAAAAAUCUCGCAGAUUCGAACGCCCAACAGUACGAUGACGAGGUCCCAUUCGCCCAAUAGUCCCCGCAGUGGCAGCGCCAGCGCUCAGCGGGGUGGUGGGGGAGGAAAAGAUGAUCUGCUAACAGCCACCGGCAAACCGGUGCAGGAUUUGGCCUACCAUGUGCGCCAGGUGAAGAAUGCUCUGACACACUUCAAGGAUGUGAUACUGAAAAACAAGCUGGAGAUGCUCCCGGGCAAUGGAACCGUAGUGCUGGAGUUGAUUGCUAACGUUCACACGGCUCUCCAAUCGUACACGUUGAAUGAGAACAGCAGCGCUCUGAUCAAUGCCACCAACCAUGUGUACAUGUCCCUGGGGAACUUGUUGAAGCUCUGUGACGAAGUGCUACUCACGGCUGACAACGAAAAUUGUCCCUCGCUCAGCAAAGAAAAUGUAAAGGAAAUUGUGGAGUUGGUAGACAAUGCCGUCAACAAUCUGGUCAACCUGGCAAACGAAAAACUCUCGGAUAAAGCUGCAGGCAGCACCGCAAACGCCAACCAUACGCACUCUUCCAACACGUUACAGCGGCCAGCAGUGGACAUCGCUAGCCAGCGAACAUCCCUGCCGGACAUUCCACUAACGCCGCGAGAGCGGGACAUUUUGGAGAAAACGUCGCUGAAAACUGUUCGCGCUUCCCACAGCACCGAAAGUAUCCUACGUGAUUCUAGUCCCCCGCCAAAACCUCCACUUCCCGAUCGCGGCCAGGAUCCACCGCCUUUGCCACCGAAGCGAAAGAGCCAACACUCGAAAAAUCACUCGUUCCACGAAACGUCUGAUUGCAACUCAGAUUCCGCCUUUCUGGGGUGCGGAGCUUUGGAUCGGAUGUCUUUACGGUCACGCUCUCCUGAAGAUAAUUCUAGUCUGUUGAGUGCCAGCGCAGGUUCGCUGGACUCAGCCCUUAAUCAUUCACGUGAGGAGGAAGAACUGCGAGCGCUUACCCAUGACAAAUCUUCACUGCUGCUAGGGCAAACAACUGGUCAUAACUCAACCGUUUGGGAUGAAGCGGAUUGCAGUGGAAUUCAACUGCUCGGUGGAGGUGGUGUCAUGCCGGCGGACAUUACAGCUCUCAACAAUCGAAACUCGAAUGAAUCGGGCUUCGAAUCUAUGCACUCACUGCGAAUAAGUCGGGAUCAUCAGAGCAGCACAGCAUUCAAAUCGGCUGCCUACACCACCAGCAGCUCACAGAUGCAUAAAUCAGAAUCGCUGAUAGAUGCUGUAAGUUCGGGGAAAUUGAUUUCCAUGCUUAGCAGUCAGCAACAGCAACACCAGCAGCAGCAACAGCAACAAAAAAUCGACACUGUUGUGACGCAAGCGAGUGGCGAUGGUGGCGAUAUAGUUUUGACUUCAACGACCACCACGGAGUUCACCAGCAGUCGUAGAAUAGAAAAGGCCAGCUUGUCGAAGAUAAUACAAUAUGGUAGUAUUGAGGCAAACGAUGAGGUGUUUGGAACUGAGCAUACCGACAAGCCACCGGCGCUACCGGUCAAAUCCCGGACACAUAGUAUCAGAAGGGAGCGUCAUCCGUCGAUGUACGACAACGUAGAUGAAACGGAACUGGAGCGAAGUUCCCAGGAUACGUUCAGCAAUUGCUCUCUCCAUCAGACCGGUUACCACAGCCGGCAGCAGAUGAUCAACAAUCUGCCCAGCAAACACAUUAGUUUGAUCGAGCCACGCCAUAUGAAUCAUUUCAGCGAGGAACCACCGCCGUUACCGCUGAAAAAGAGACACAUGUUUCAAAGUGUGGCCUAUUCAGUUAUGGCAUACAUGGAGAUGUUCGGCAGUGCAUCACAGAGCCAAUCCGAGUUCACGCGUCACUCGGUACAUACGUAUAACUUGUCACAGCACACCGGCGAACAACAGCUCCAUCAUCAUCAGCUCCACCAUCAUCAUCAUCAAACGAUGUCGAUGACAAGCGGUUCCAGCAAUCACAGUAUUACCCACAGUCAAACGAUGAACCUAUCGCCGUCGCGUGUGGCCCCGCCACCGAUAUCGCCGCCAGGUUCGCCCGGCCUAAACGUAAAACCACCGGCACUUCCCCCGAAGCGCCAGCGAAUCAACAGUAAAACACCAAGUAUCACAUCUACACCGCCGCCUAGUCCCAAAGUAUUCAGCAACGAUCUGCCAUCGUCUCCAUCACCGUCACAGUAUCACACAGGCACCAACAGCUGCUCAUCUCCUUCGCCCUCGUCUUCAUCCGUGGGCACGCUUCUACCAACGCCCCCGCCAAAGAACCACUCAAUGUUGCUAAUCUCUGCCGCUGCUAGCAGUACGCCAACUACUUAUCAACAGUCACCGGUGGCAAACAGCAGCGACCAGAAUCCGCAGACAUCAGCAGCCAUAACCAAAAUCAAGGUAUCGCCCGUAUCUGGGGACGAUCAGCUUCUAGCAUCUAACUCUAGUACUUCUCUCAACACUUCUAUCUCUCCAAAUUCUUCGCAACACUCGCAGUAUAACAGUUUCAAUAACCUUAACAACAAUCACAGCAACAACAAUAGUAGCCAUAGUAAGUUAGCUAGCAAUAACCUCGCGAGGACCGUUAGACCCUCCGAGGAAGUUGACUACCUUCACCUGAGCGACACGACGACGGCAGCGCCUAUGGUAGUAGCUGCGACAGGAGCCCACCAGCGCCACUCGCGGUCACCGUCAGGUGGUGCAAAGACGAAUCUCACAAGUCCUAGUAAUAGUAGUCCUCUAGUCAACCAGAACAACAACAACAACAACAACAAUCAGAGCAAUAACAGUAGUGCAAUAGCAGAAUCUAUCUCCGGCGGUAGCAUCAACAGCGGCCGAAAAAGCACUGACGAUGACGAGGUUGAGGUGGUACUUAGACGCAAUAACAAGAACGGGAUCGCCUUGAUCGAACAGCAACAACCUUCCAACCUGAUGGAGGAGCUGGACGUGAGCAAUUAUUUAGUUUUUAAAAAAGAGAACGAGGACGGCCCGGAUGUUAAGGGUGGUCACCCGGAUGCGCUCAUCAUACACGCCACCCGAGUACAGAAGAUUUCCGAUGUAACCGAUGAGUUUCUAGAGGAUGCUUACGGCGAAGCAUUUAUCACGACUUUCCGCACCUUCAUCUCUCCGUUGGAACUAAUCCAGAAGUUAACCCAUCGGUACUCGCUGUUCCACUGUCAGAUGAUCGACGUAAAGCAGAAAGCCGCCAAAGAAUCAUUCUCGCUGUUGGUGCGGGUAGUUAACGACCUAACAAGCCCGGAUCUCUCCCGCCGACUGCUGGAGAUUCUAAUGAACUUCGUCUACCAGUUGGUGUGCGCCGGACAUCUCACCAUGGCCAAAUUGCUGCGGGUAAAGCUGAUCGAGAAGGUCACAUUGUACAAGCAAAAAAUGUACAAGGAAUCGUGCACGCUGGCGCGCGAGGUGAUGACAUCCCCGCCCAGCCUGUUGGAUCUAAAAUCGGCUGAAAUUGCCGAACAAAUGACGCUGCUAGAUGCGGAGUUGUUCCAUAAGAUCGAAAUCCCUGAAGUGCUCAUCUGGGCCCAAGAACAGAACGAGGAACGGUCCCCGAAUCUGACCACCUUCACCGAGCAUUUCAACAAAAUGUCCUAUUGGGCGCGGUCGCAAAUUUUGAGACAGGAAGAUGCCAAAGAUAGAGAAAAACAUGUGAUUAAGUUUAUCAAGAUAAUGAAGCAUUUACGAAAGAUCAACAAUUACAACUCGUACUUGGCGCUACUGUCGGCGCUGGAUUCCGCACCAAUAAGACGACUGGAAUGGCAUCGCACUAUAACUGAGGGUCUUAAGGAGUACUGCGCACUAAUCGAUUCAAGUUCUAGCUUCCGAGCCUACCGUCAGGCAUUAGCUGAAACCAAUCCUCCCUGCAUACCAUAUAUUGGUCUUGUUCUUCAGGAUCUAACUUUUGUGCAUAUCGGCAAUCCGGACUUGCUGCAGGAUGGUUCGAUUAACUUCUCGAAACGAUGGCAACAGUACCACAUCGUUGUAAAUAUGAAACGUUUCAAGAAGGGAUCGUACCAAUUUAAAAAGAACGAGAAGAUAAUCGGUUUCCUUGACAACUUCGAGAACUGCCUAGACGAGGACGCGAUGUGGCAAAUUUCCGAGAGUAUCAAGCCGCGGGGCGGGCGGAAGACUAACGCAACGAGCAAUUAGUAUAAGCUGAACUGUCUGAAAGGCAGUGACGAACAUGAACAAGCGAUGCUGCUGCAGGAGCAGAGAAAAUCCGCUCAAUAGCAGCGGCAGCGAAAGCAACAUUAAUCGCAGCCAGUGGACCACGACCACCUGACGAAAGGGGAGGGGGGCUGCCCAGCGUGAGAGGUAUCGUCAUUACAAUGCCAAAAAUGCUUUUUACAUGUAUAAGCUAGUUGUUUUUAAAUUAUUUUCGUUUACUAUGAACCUUAUUUUUAUUUUGGUUCCCACAUUUUUCGAUACCGAAUGUCCGGACUUCGCCGAAAAUUUCAUUGAUUUUAUUUUAGUGUUUUUUUUUCCUGUUGUUUAGUUCCCUUUUCGCUAGAUUUUUCGAAGCUGUGGUUCCCACUAUGUUUCGAUAGGUAAUAUAGGAAAGCAAUCAGUAUAGAAAGAAAGGGAUUUUUUCUGCAAUUGUAUGAUUAUCUAGUAUCGUAUAAAACCUUUACCAGAAGUAACCCUAAUGCAAAUUGUAAAUAACAGACAAAAAAACGCAAAACCGUUAAGUGUUAUGUGGUAGUCAAAAGCAAAGCAAAAAUUAUCAAACAUUAGUGCUAAAGUAAAUAUAACUAGCGCUGGAAAUCUCCAAACAUAAAUACACUCACACCAACAGCAUUCAAAAUGAAUAAACUCUUAUUUUGAACCACUCAGUUUAGUUUAUUUUCUUUUUAUUCUGUUUUCUAUCAAGAAACUUCCCAGAUUUCAUAGGUUUAUUUCACACAAUUAUAUGUCGGGUUUUAGUUAGACUUUCGUUCCAAGCGUUGUAUAGAGGUCAAUAAAAAAUAAUAAAAUUUACUACCAGGAACGAACAGUCACACAUAAACACACUAACAAAAUAGUCAACGCAAUGCUUUAACGUUAAUCUACUGCUGCAAGUACACAGACUAUUAGAUGUUGAAUGCGAAUUCCAUCAAUAACCAAAAUGUGCAACAAUGAAGAAGCAAAAUAUUUGAAACAACGAAUCAAAUCUAACAUGAUCAACAAGUCAUAACUACCGCAAUUGUCGAUAGGAAGCAUACUUACUAAUAUAUUAUAACAAAUAUUUACAACUGAACCGCAGGCUAAUUCGAGUGUACUUCUGAUCAUACUGCUAGGUGAAAUUACUGUCACAUUAACGUUUUGUCGUAUUGUGUGGAAAAGUAUCUACUGUUGGAUUGUUGGAUGAAGAACCAGAGUUUUGUUUUGCACUCAGCGACUUCGAACACUUAUCUCAUCCUGUUCAUCUAUACGAAUGAGUUUUGAGUAGACAUUCAAAUACACACCCGGAAACACCCGAAUGUUUCUGUUUCUGUUCUGUUUCUUGCGCUUUGGUUGCGUAACGUAACCAGUCGCAGGUGACAGAGAAUUUUGCGUUUUCAGAUGGAUUUCAGAAAGAUCGAUGGAAAAUGAACGCAAAGCUGUGAGAAUAUGCGCAGAAUUUUUCGAGAUGGUAGAUCAACUGCGGAGCAAGAGUGUGCCACAAGGUAGUUGCCGCACAAACUGCUGGACACAUAAUCUGUUUUUAGCUUUUAAAGCAGCGUACGAUACAGUUGAAAGAAAUAAGCUGUUCAUUUGGUCUCGAGUUACGAUACUAGCCAGUCGUCAUAGGCUCGAGUCUCGGGUUGGGAGAGACUGUUAAUGUUAGUACCAAACAGUGGGCUGCGAAGUCUGUGUAUAAAACCAAAAGGUCAAGUUCCGAAUCGAAAUAGAUCCGCAAGGCUUUGCUUUGCUAUCCGAAAUUUUUCGGAAGGUAAUCUUGAGGAUGCUUGCGCUCAACCGAAGCCCUGUAAUUCAUUAUUAAAUUCGAAAGACCUCUGAAAAGGUCCCCUUACAUCACGUGGCACACACCGGAAAAUUCAGUUAGACAUUCUGGUUGAAUUGUGGCAUUUAAUGAGCCCCCAUAAGUCUCUAUUAUGUCGAAUGAACUAAGCAGUUGAAUAAAUUGGCAGACACAUCACAAAGUAGGCGUGUAGAAAAUCGUAUUUUGCUUCGAAAAGCUGAGGCGAGGCUAGUAACUUCUUCGUGUUUUGUUUAUGUAGCCUUCCUUUCUAUUAGAUAAAUAAAUAUCUCAAUUUUUAGUGUUUCAAGUGGUGAAUUGUUCUCGGGAUGCCUGAAUAUGAAAGACAAGGUAUGUAACUUUGUUAAAAACAACUUAAAUGGAUCUAAAGAAUCUAGAGCUGUGUGGAAAUCCGUGGGUUUACGCCUCGAUUAGAAUGAAGGAUGACAGAUUAUGAACAAGGAGAAAAAAUGUCAACUUUUGCGCUCGUUACUCUCAGGUGUGAAUGUGUGAGAAAUGUUAUCCCGAGUAAAAAAGAUGCGAUUCUACUCAAUCCUUGAUUCUGCCGCUGUAGUUUCUUCAUCGUCAACUUUCUAAUGCUUUUUGUACUCAUCACUUCCGAGUUACUGAUUGACCUAAUUAUAUAAAAAAAGAAUUGAACACAUCUUGACUUCCUGUCAAGAAACAUUUGAAGAUUAACCCAGAAUCUUUUUCCUGAAAAGCUUUUUUGGUAUCUUAUUUGGCUUUUAUUCAAUCAAAUCUAAUAAACAGAGCUUGUUUAGCUGUUGUUCAACUGACUAGAUCCGACACCAGGAGAUUUUCUGAGGCGAAAAAACUCUGGGAUCACACCUUCCAUCGUAUGAGGAAAUAAAGCCGUUGGCGCCCCUGGGUUAAUCAACAAGUCGUAAGUUAGAGCCCUGGGUGGAGUCGUCCCCUGGCGUCGGUGAUAUGCACAGAGGCGGAACUAGGCUGACGGAAAAUAGGCGAAAACAAAAAAAAAAACGAUUGUGUCCCUAAGCUCUGCUGAAUCAUACUUGUAUACUCCUAAUUUUCAUAAGUUUGAUAUCGUAUUCGGUAAUAACUCAAAUUUUAAAAGGUUUUCUACGUCACCGUGAGUUUUGUAUCAACCUGUUUUGGGUUCAUCAUUAAUAAUCAGUCAGUUUAUCACACACCUAGCAAAGAAGGAUAGCACAUCAUAGAAAAAGCAAGCAACGAUAAGUGUAGCACAUUUGUAUUACUAGAAUAUUAGGUGAAAUUAAUCGAAUAGACUAUACUCUCUAGAACCUACCAAGCAUUUAUACGCUGGACCAAAACACUUUUACCCAUUUCCCGACGUUCAGCUGUUUGUCGUUGUCUACUACAAGGACAGAGGUAAUGUUUUACUAACUAACCGAAAACACAUAUCAUGUGCUAACAAAUCACAGUCAGAAAUCCCUGCUUCGAAGAAGUGUACGGCAGCAAUUCUUGGAACGGGACUAGAGACGUUUAGAAAAAUGAAGAAAGCGGGUGACGAACAAGACUUUUUGCCAAGUAGCGAACCACUUAGAACAAACAGCUUCUCUUUUACGUUACCAUAAUCAAACUAACGAAAUUUCGCUUUUUAUAUAAAUAUAAAUGUAAAUGUGCUGGAAAAUACUCGGAAGCUAAUAAAAAAAAAAAUCCUCUUCUAGUUGAACGUAAACAAGUUUAGAUAUCUAGAUAGUAUGCUAGGUAUGUCCAAACUUGAACUAAUCGGGUAUUUAGAUUCCAAAAUGGUCAACGCGAAAGCGUUGUACCUGCAAAACAGUGAGAAUUAAUGCAAUUAUCUAUUUAUAUUUGAAAUAAGCGAAUUAAAUCAAAAAAAUGAAGAGAAAAUCUGUCGAAAGACUAGAAGGAAAAGGAUAUUAUACAAGUAUUUGGAAAUAAUGAAGCAUAUUUUUAGUUUUGAACCAAACCCAAUUUAGCGUUAGUGCAUAACUUUUACACGAAUAGAUGUUGCAUAAAAUACAUACUUUUAAAAGUGAGAACAAAACUAAUGAUACGGCAACCAACGGGUGAUGAUGGACUUUGAUAAACGGCUAAAAUAUCUUCAAGUUAUUUAUGUUCGUGCAAUAACUGAACACAGUAUCAUACAACAUAUAAUAUAUCCUAAAGCAUUACUGAGUAAGGCACUCCAAACACAUUGACUAACAGGUGGGUGGCUAUCGGGUAGCUAACAAUAACGUAAAUGCAUUCAACAGUAAUGAUUACAUUUCAGCCACACUUAAAAUAAAGCAAACUUGAUGAAUAAGAAUUGAUGUGAUACAAUUACUUUUACUGUAAUACACGGCAGAAAUAAACUUAGCAGUUACGAAAUCAAGCAA